AUGUCAGUAUCGUCGUACUCCCAGGUGCAAGACACCACCCACACCGCCAAGGCUCCGUCGCCUCCCGCUGGCCAUCGUGGCAUUACCUUUGCUGGCGAGACAUUCACGGUCCCAGAAACCCACGACAUGGUCCAGGCGCUCUUCGACCCCACCCUCCGCAAGUCCAACUUCGAGUACGUGGUGCUUGCCCUUCUCGCUUCCAACCUCUUGGUGUUCCAGCUUGUUCCUGCCUCGCUGAACUACUUGCGCAUUGACAUCUUCAUUGGCCUCUACGUCUUCUGGAGAUUGUGCUACAACUUUGGCAUAGGCUAUCUCCUCCACCACCAGUCCAACCACAACAAGUUGGUGGCUUGGGCCACUCGCUCGCGGGCAUUUGACCCUGCCUCUUCUUCGCUUGUUUCUCGUGUCCUCAGAGCCGAGAUCCGCUCCCAGAGGGGCCCUGACUACGACAUCGCUGCCUACCCCAUCGAGUUCAACACCUGGUUAAUUUUCCGCAAGUUCGUGGACUUGAUCUUGAUGCUGGACUUCGUGGCCUUCAUCUGCCUCGUGGUGGCCUGUUCCAUCAACGAUGGCUACCAGUUCAUCUCCAAUCAGGCAUCUUGGUUGGUCUACACCAGGCUCGUGCUGGGGGCCGGCCUCAUCGUGUUCAACCUCUGGGUCAAGGUCAAUGCCCACAACACCAUCAAGGACUACGCCUGGUACUGGGGCGACUUUUUCUUCAGACAGAUCAACAACGAAGAGUUGAUCUUCGAUGGUGUGUUUGAAAUGGUGCCCCACCCAAUGUACUCCGUGGGCUACAUUGGCUAUUAUGGCUUUGCCAUCAUUGCCAAAUCCUACACGGUGCUCGUGGUGGCCAUUUUCGGCCAUUUCCUCCAGAUGAUCUUCUUGCACUACAUCGAAAACCCCCACAUCGACAAGAUCUACGGACCUUCCAAGAAUGAAAUCAACUGGGCCAAGUUGUUGAAAUUGAAGGACUUGAAAACCUUUGACAAUGUCAAGCCUUUGGUCGGUUUGUACAACUUCAAUUUCUUAAGAUCCUCCGACAUGAUCAACUUGAUUUUGGUGGGUACCUACGGUUUGGUUAUUCCAGUUUUGGCUGCUCAGUCCACGCCGUUAGGCAAUUUCACGCUUUCUGCUUCCUCUGGAGGUUUGAAAUGGAAUUACAUGUUCUUGCUUACCGUCGCCAUCAAAUUGUUGGAGUCCUUUUCUAUUAACAUCAUGUUGGUUUUGCAAAGCCAUUCCAAGGUUUUCACCAAGUGGUAUUUGUCUAUGGAUAUUCCCGUAGAGAAGUCCUUGAACAAUUGGUCUGUAUUUUACAACACCCUCAUUAACUUGACUUACUCAUCCUUGUUUGGUCUCAAUCUUUAUAAGUAUCUUAUUGAUGAUAAUGCCACCCUCUUCAACGACUGGUUCUAUUUGAGAAUCUUCAUUGGUUUAACUGCCAUUACCACUCAAGUGUGGAUCAACAGCUCUAUCAUUGAUCUGAUUGGUUAUUUUGGAUGGUUUUACGGUGAUUUCUUCAUCCCCAAGUCCCAGAGAGCUAUGACACACUUGACUAAAGCCGGUGUGUAUAGAUACCUCAACAACCCAGAGCAAAUCUUUGGGGUUUGUGGUGUUAUGGGUUUGUUCAUCAUGAAUUCAACUUACGAGAAUUUGGUACUUGGUCUGAUUUGGAUGGUUAACAACUUUAUCAGAAUCAACUUCAUCGAAAAGUUGCACAUGAUUAACAUUUAUGGCGAAGAAGUGUAUGAAGACUCUGGUGUUACCAAGACCUUCAAGAAGCAUUUGAUUCCAAAUAUCAUCCAGAGAAGAUUAACCAAUGAUGGACCUGCUCCAACUGGUGAACUCAGAAAGAGAUCCAAGAGCAGCUCCAUCACUGAUUCCUUAGACACAUUCAUCAAGGAUUUGAAGAACUCGACUACCAAAUUGUCGAGACAAAACAUGAUUGAAUUGAGUCAGAACUUGACUUUCGAAAAUUCGGACUAUUCCUUGCAAAUAAAUGGCCUUGAGUCUUCCUCAUCUUACUGCGGUUCUAUCAAGACUAAGUUCAUCAAUGUUGGUACUCCAAUCGACGUCGCCUGGAAAACCCCCAAAGAGACCCACAAUUCAACCGAUUGGAUUGGAUUGUAUAAGGUAAUUCAAACCCAUUACUCGCGUACAAAGACCAUUUUAUCUUCUUCUGGACGUUGGGUCAAUUGUGAGGAUAGUGAAGGAUCUGCAACCUUCGAGGGUGACAAGUUGUUCUGGGAGGAAGGUAUUUAUGAAUUCAGAUAUCACUUGAAUGGAAAGCACGAUGUCGCUUAUAUUUCAGAACCCUUCGAAAUCAAAAUUUCAAAAGUUCAAGUUCCUACCGACAAGUCUGAACUUCACUCGUUUGCUACUAAAAUCAAAUCGACGAUUUUCGAUAAGUUAAUUCAGGUUAAAGAUGUGAAUGACCUGAUUUCUUCUUCAUUGAAGGAUCACGAUAAUAUCUUAGAGACCUAUGAGCUCUUGAGCUCGUUGAUUUCCAAAUCCACAGAUAUCAAGAUCAGCGUGAAGUUGUUCUUGAAUGAUGAUGACAAUGAGCUAACCAUUGAAAAGUUGUGCACAAAAUUGAUUCACUACAAGAACGUAUUAGAAGAGUUAUAG